UUCAUCUCACGUCAAAUUCGACCCCAGCUAAAACAUCACAGAAAGUGUCACAAUUUCUGUUGAACUCACAAGAUAUUAUAUCCACAACAUCGACGAUGAUCCGGUUUAUCCUCAUUCAAAACAGAGCAGGGAAGACGAGAUUAGCCAAGUGGUACAUGAAUUUUGAUGAUGAUGAGAAACAAAAGUUGAUCGAAGAGGUACAUGCUGUUGUUACAGUGAGAGAUGCCAAGCAUACAAACUUCGUGGAGUUCAGGAACUUUAAGAUUGUAUACAGGCGUUAUGCCGGACUUUACUUCUGUAUAUGUGUGGAUGUGAACGAUAACAAUCUAUGCUACUUAGAAGGCAUUCAUAAUUUUGUUGAAGUGCUGAACGAAUACUUCCAUAAUGUAUGCGAAUUAGACCUGGUCUUUAAUUUUUAUAAAGUAUACACCGUUGUAGAUGAAAUGUUCUUAGCUGGGGAGAUAAGAGAAACCAGUCAAACCAAAGUGCUCAAACAGUUAUUGAUGUUAAAUUCUUUAGAAUAGAUGAUGUAUGUACAUAUUUAUUGGGUAAUGUUGAACUCAUUAUUCCUAAGGUGAGAUUGAUCUGACUCAUUCCAUGAAUUUAUCAAAGCAGUGUUUAACUAUUUAUUUACACAAGACCAAACGCAAACGAACCAUUCUAUUAUUAUAGUACAUUACUAUACAAAAGUGAUGUUGGGAGAUGUUUUUUUUUUUUUUAUCAAUUAAAAA